UCAUCAACAUAUCCUCAACAAGUAUGCAUCUCUUGCGGAUAAUCGUGCUCUCUGUGGCGCUCGCGGUGGCGGCGUCGGCGUCGACAGCCCGACUCGGCACCGUCUACUGUGACGCGGGCGGGGCUUGUGCCUUUAAGGCUGGCGCGGCGGACGCCAACGGGGCGGCGUAUGGCUCGUGGGACGACACCAUUGCCUCGCAGGGGUGGGGCUCGCUCAAGGUGUAUUCGAACGCAUCUUACCCGGAUGCGGUGCAGAUGUACGCGGCCGGCAUGCUCGAGGGCGCCCUUACGGCCGAGCGCAUCGCCGACGAAUACGCCAACGUCAAGUACUUCUACUACCAGGACGCGCCGGUGCCGGCCAACGUCACGGCCUUUCUGGCCGAUCAGGCGGCGUGGACCAAGGCCCAGGCUGUGGCGCAUGCCGACGAGCCAUACUGGGUCUACGCUGGCCUGCUCAUGGCCCAGCUCGACGGGCUCACCGCCGGCGCUUCGGCAGUCAACCCCGCGCUCGACGCCAACGUCAUGCUCUUCCUGCAAGCGACCGGCGACCUGCUCAACCUGGCCAACGCGCUCAAGAGCCCUGCCGAUCGGCCUGACUUUGCAGCCAUGACCAACGAGGAGGUCGAGUCGUUCUUCUACGCCGCCUCGCACUGCUCCGGCCUGUUCAAGGUCACGCCCGACCUCACCGAUGUGUUCUUCGGCCACUCUGCUUGGUUCGAGUACGCAGUCACAGUCCGCAUCGCCAAGUUCUACUCGUUCCCGCUCUCGAUGACCGGCUACGUUGGUCGCGAGAUGACCUUUUCGUCGUAUGCCGGCUUCCUCGAGUCGCUCGACGACUUCUACCUCAUGUCGUCGGGCCUGGUCAUGGUCCAGACCACCAACGCCAUCUUCAACAACGACCUGCUUGAUCUCAUCAACUCGACCUCGAUGCUCUCGUGGCAGUCGGUCCGCAUCGCCAACGCGCUCGCCACCACCGGCAAGCAGUGGUUCGAGCUCGACGCCUACCUCAACGCCGGCACGUACUCGAACCAGUACAUGAUCCUCGACACCAAGCUCUUCACCCCGGGCAUGCCGCUCCAGCCGAACACCUUUUGGGUCAUGGACCAGAUCCCGGGCCUCUCGCUCGGCUCGGACCUCACUGAGCUCCUCGCCAACGGCUACUACGGCUCGUACAACGUGCCCUUCCACACCACCAUCUGGGAGAUGUCAGGCUACGGCGCCAUGGUCAAGAAGACCGGCUCGGAGACGUACACUUACGAGCUUGCGCCGCGAGCCACCAUCUUCCGUCGCAACCAGACCGACGUCACCGACAUCGAGUCCAUGAAGGCCAUCAUGCGCUACAACGACUACAAGCACGACCCGCUCUCCAACGGCAACUCCAUGUGGGCCAUCUGCUCACGCGGCGAUCUCUCGGCCUCGCCCAACCCUGGCGGCUGCUACGACUCCAAGGUCGCCCACCUCAAGGACCUCGACUCGCUCUCCAUGCACUUUAUCUCCGGCCCCACUCGCUCCUCCGGCCUCCCGGCCUUCAAGUGGACGCCCGAGUUCUCCGCCAUGGCCAAGCACGUCGGCAUCCCUGAGGUCUUUGACUUUGACUUUGCCCAUUUCACCCCCAAGGCGUAG